AUGGGUGGAAAUAAUCGUUUAUAUGAAGUUCACUUGGUACUGACUGCUGAUAACGAUCCAGAAUUGCAGAGACUUACUGAUUAUAUUCGCAAAGAGAGCUCUCCAGACUCUGAAGGAUGGUACAGAUUGGGUUUGGUACUAUGGAAAAUGGGUCAAUUUGACAAAGCCGAAGAUAUUUAUCAGGUUCAACUUGAUCAAACCAAAGAUGAUAAAAAUAAGGCACCUAUUUAUCUACAACUUGGUUCGAUAAAGAAGUAUCAAGGAAAAUAUGAAGAAGCACUUACAUUCUAUGAAAAAUCACUUGCUAUCUAUCAAAGAAUACUUCCUCACAAUCAUCCUGAUUUGGCUGCUUCCUGUUAG